AUGGCCCCUCCGAGAGGAACAGAAACCUCACAAGCAGGCGGCUUGGAUGAAGCAUUCCUUAUGUCUAUCGUCGACAAGAUUCCGAAGAAUCCAGUCACGGGCAAGGUCGAAAUGACUGAUAUAAUGAGGUAUCUGGAGAACAAUCCGGAAGAAAUGAAUCAACUUAUUGGCCAAGUCGACUCGGAAGGGUCAAGCUCGCAGACCCUAGAGGACCUGUCCGGGUUCGACUUCAAGUCACUCGCAAAGGAAAUCAAGAAGAAUGAUGUCUGGAUUCUUCAAAUGGAUCCCUUUGGAUACGCGGACGAGAACGACCAGCCUGUGGAGGCGGAGAACGUCCAUACCGUCCCGGGUGCUCGCCCCGUGUUCCUCUUCUACUGCUACGAUACUCGGGAGGUUUAUCGAUGCACAGUGCAACAUGUCGGCCUUCCGACAUCAGACUUCGUGCUGAAGGUUAUUCAGCAGGCAAUGGCGAAGCCGCUAACGCCAUCGAAGCCCGCCCUCCCUGAACUACUUAUUAUCUCGUCACGCCUGGCGCAACAAGCAGAAGGCCUCCGUCCAUUCUUAGACUCGCUCCCAAAGCCAUUCCGCUGGCGGCUGGAGACACGGGAAGAAGCUCAAGCCGUUGCAGACGGUGUAUUCGAUCUCAACAAGAAGAACUAUAAGGCGUACAUGGAGCGCGCCGAGAAGGCAAAGGCAUCUGGGAAUAAAGCGUUCGUCAGCAAAGACCGUGAUUCUGCGCUGAAAGCGUAUACCACUGCCAUUGAAGCGCUGGAGGAUGCUGUCGGGGAAGCUGCGUCCGAUGAGGAAGAGAAGAAGGCGAAACAGUUUUUGGCGGUUUGCUUCGCCAACCGGGCGGCAACUCAUCUUCUGCCUGGAGCGCUCUGUGACCCCGAGAAGGCGCUGAAGGACGGGAAGAAUUCAGAGAAGGCUGACCCACUUUAUGUCAAAGGUUACAUUCGCCAAGCAACCGCUUGUCAGCGACUGGGUCGCACGCACGAAGCCAGGGAAGCAAUCACGAGAGCUCUGAGGAAAAAGGAGCUCGAGAAUGACAGCGGGCUGGUGGACAAGCUUAUCGAGUUGACAACGGACGGCAAAGGUCUUUCCAACGAUGAAGCAGUCUUCAAGCAAUGGAUGCUUGAUAUCAUGAUCACUGACAAGAAGACAGGAGAUUUGCUUCACGGCCUUGGAGGAGAGUGGAAGAGAAGAAUUAGCGCUCAAUUUAAGAUAUGGCGACCUAGAGGUCCCAACGGGGACUCGGAGCGAGCCUAGUCAGAAAUGUUUUCACAAUCGCCACAAACUAGGUGGGGACGAGUCUGAUGUCCGUCCACAGAGCGCUGUUGAGAGGGUUCGGGGUUUUCAACGAGGUACAGUUCGAGGAACCAGAUAGCGUCCCGUUCUUGCAACUUCGAGGAGGACUGCGGUCACUGACUGGGAGAUUCCGUCAGUGCCCGCUUCUGCGAGUGUUGUAGUAGGACGAUCCCUCAAUUUCCCAAGGACAUAUUCGCAACGUCGUAGCCGUUCA